AUGACCUAUGUCGUUCCGGCGUCAAAGAACGACGAUCCUAUGGCGGAGCUAAUCAUAAAUGAUGAUUACAAGAAGUUGCUGCUUGCGGCAGCAGGCCAGCCUCUUCGAGGAACAAUUGUCGAACCAUGGGUCACAGUAUGGAACGCGGACUUCGUUGGUGGAAAAGAUCGAGGCAGGGUGGUUCUACUCUAUGGAGCACCCGGAACUGGCAAGACGUUCACGGCUGAAUGUAUCUCAAGCAAGACCAAUGGGCUUCUUCUCUCGAUCACCACUGCUGAGCUGGGAACUGAAGAGGUACAGAUCCAGAAGCGAACUGCCUACUAUCUUGAUCUAGCUUCCAUGUCGAGUGCGAUCGUACUAUCUGACGAAGCUGAAGUGUACCUCUAG